AUGAGAAACUGUUUCCUCACUUUCAUUCUGUCACAAACAUCAGCUAAACCCAUCGCCACAUCUGGUAACAACUUUGAUGUCUACAGACGGCUUGCUGUAGCAACUCAUGGCGAUCUCUUCGUGAUUGACAAAGAUGAUGUACCAGAUGUUAUGAAGAAUGUGCUAAAAACCUAUCAUAAAAUGGAAAAUCUCGCGGUACGUUACGGAUUUGACUGCAACGGCAUAAAACUUGACGUUCCAACUGAGUACAAUUCUAAUAAGAAAUAUAGAGUUCUUUUGACUGUCGACAAGAAUGAUAAUAACCCGGCGCAGUUUGAUUGGCCGUAUGUGACCGAUAUGAGCUUUGAUCAACUUCAGCUCGUUUCGAGAGGAAAAUAUUACGCGUUAUACGAGAUCUACCCUAAUGCAAUGGACAGUAUUCGGGUUGUCUCACCAACACCAGGCCUAAUUUGCUCCAUUCGAGUUUUCGUAAAUUCAAACAAUGCGGUGCUGCUUAGCUACACAAAUAAUCGCCAAAUGGACAUUGGUUCGCCUGUUAUGUACAAAAAUAUCCCCCAACUAGCAACUGCUCUCCCUCUGGGUUUCUCCGGCUUUGACAAUGUGGAAAUUAGACCAUUUGAUUCGCGCACAGGUAACGAGCUAUCUGUCACUGUACAAGGCUACAAACGAGCUGGAGACUCUACCUACGCUUAUGAGUUCGACGAUCUCUCAGACUGUACUAACGGGCCGUUUAUUUUGGAUGGAAGAAUAGGCGAUGCAAAUAUAAUAUGUGCUCGAGUGAGCAUUUUAGAAAUGCAAACGUACUGUCACAGGCGAGGCAGACAGCUAGUGCAAUUGCGCUUCGGAAAUGCUGUUGCCACUCGAGUAUUGCCAGGAUACUGUGCUUUACCAGGGCCACCUAUCGCUUCGAAAACAAGUCAAAUGAUGAAGACAUCUGUCAGCGCUGCAGGUUGGUUAAAUUUUUCUCCUCCUCUCACAUAAAU